AUGGCGCAGAACCGACUGGUCAUUUGCCUCCUGGUUGUCACCUUGUUCCUGGACCAGGCCACCAGCCACCCAUCCAAACUCAAAACCCGGAAGCACAGCAAACGGCGGGUGAAAGAAAAGGAUGGAGACCUGAAGACCCAAGUGGAGAAGCUCUGGAGAGAAGUCAACGCCUUGAAGGAGAUGCAGGCGCUGCAGACAGUCUGUCUCCGAGGCACAAAAGUUCACAAGAAAUGCUACCUGGCUUCAGAAGGCUCCAAGCACUUCCACGAGGCCAACGAGGACUGCAUUUCCAAGGGAGGGACCCUGGUCAUCCCCAGAAGCAUCGACGAGAUCAACGCACUCCGGGACUACGGGAAACGGAGCCUGCCGGGGGUCAACGACUUCUGGCUGGGCAUCAACGACAUGAACUCGGAGGGCAAGUUUGUGGAUGUGCACGGCUUCGCCCUGACCUUCAACCACUGGGACCGGGCCCAGCCCAACGGUGGCAAGCGGGAGAACUGUGCCCUGUUCUCCCAGUCGGCCCAGGGCAGAUGGAGCGAUGAGGUCUGUCGUAGCAGCAAGCGGUACAUCUGCGAGUUUAUCAUCCCCUAG